GCCCAAAGUUAUGCAGGCCCCUCCUUUCUUCUUCUACACAAAGCUAGCUAUUUCAUUCACCGGAAAAAAACAACCGCCUCCUCCUCACUUUCCGGCACCGGAAUCCCCAAAAAGUCACCGGAAAAUAUCAAUUUCAGCACAAAAAUGUCUAGUAGCUUCUUGAAGCGUCUAGUUGACAACAUGGAUUUUAGUAUGAAGUUGCUGAGGAAGCAAAAAUUGUAUGAAAGGGUUGUAUAUAGUGUUGUUAAUUUGUGUCAAUCACAAUGGUGUAAGAUUGAUAAUUUUAAGUCCCCUGUUGUAAGAGAAGGAAAAGAUGGUGUUGAAGGGCCUUUAAGGCAAUGUUUGGGGAAGAAGAGGGACUCUCGGUCGGAGACGAAGAAAUGUAGUUCAGAUGAAGAUGAAGUCAACAGUAAUGGCAGUAAUGGGGGGAAAUCGGAAAUUGCUUGGCUCACUAAAAAACUUGAACCAGCUUUGCAAUUGUGUCGACAGGCGUUACCUUCAGGCAUUGAAUCUGAAAACAAAAUCCCACCCAUCAGUAGAUCAAUUACGGAAAUUAUUGCAAGCAUUCAACGGAGCAAGCUUGUAUUUAAGGAUUGGAGCUUGAGUGAUCUCACACUUGGAUUAUAUCUUAUAUACCUCCAGCAAGCAUCCACAAAUCCGCUGGACGAUGUUCAGGGCGUACAAAUUUCUUCGGAAUCAAUUGUACAUGAUCUCAUCUACCACUCAGAACUUGCAAAGGGAGCUUACAGGGCAAGUGUUGCAGGUCUUGCAAAGAAGUGCAUGCUUCGAGAAAGUAAUGUCUACAAAUUUGUCAAAGAUUCUAGUGUUUUGAGGCCAGGAUACUAUAUAGGGAUUGACAGACGUAAGAAACUUGUGAUUCUUGGAAUUCGUGGAACUCAUACCGUGUACGAUCUGAUUACCGACAUAGUUUCUUCUAGUCAUGAAGAAUUAAAUUCCCAAGGGUUUCCAAGCCACUUUGGUACAGCUGAGGCCGCUCGUUGGUUUCUCAAUCAUGAGUUGGAUACCAUUAAGAAUUGCCUUAAACAACAUGAGGGUUUUAGUUUAAGGCUUGUUGGUCAUUCCCUUGGUGGGGCUACAGCGUCGUUGUUGGCUAUAAUGCUCCGGCAAAAAUCAAGUAAGGAGCUGGGGUUCAGUCCUAAUGUUGUUUCUGCCAUUGGGUAUGCCACUCCAGCAUGCAUCUCUAGGGAGCUUGCUGAUAGCUGCUCUGAAUAUGUCACAACCAUUGUAAUGCAGGAUGAUAUAAUUCCAAGGUUAAGUGUAGCUUCUUUAACGAGGUUGAGGAAUGAGAUUCUUCAGACUGAUUGGACAAGUGUCCUGGAGAAAGAAGAUUGGAAAAAUGUGGUAGAUGUGUUUACAAACGCAAAACAGGUUGUCACUUCUGUACAAGAUGUAGCUCGAAAGCUUGUUGACUAUGCCAAGUUCAGGAGCCAGGCAGAGCUUUCGGAUGUGCCUCAAGAAUCAUGCAGUGUUUCUCCAACUACCAAGGUAGCAGGGAGAAGUGGUGCAAUUAACAUGAAAGAGGCUCCCUUAAAGAUGUCUGACGAGCUGUUUAUACCUGGAACCGUUUAUUUUCUGAAGAGGAAUGUUGAAAGUCACACAUGUAACAGACAUGGCAAAGGUGGAGAAUAUUUCACACUUUGGAAGAGAAAUCCUGGCGAACAUUUUCGAAGGAUACUGUUGUCUAGCAACUUAAUUUCUGAUCACAAGUGUGAUAGCCACUAUUAUGCUCUUAGGGAUGUACUCAAAGGUUUGCCCGGGCCUGGGUGAUGAAGCUUGCCAGGAACUUGAACACUCUCCGUCAGAGACAACGGAAAGGAGCCAACAAAGAGAUCACCCCUGCGGCAGGGGUGACUCCAAUCCACAUCCUUUAGACUGGAGUACGACUACAAUCCAGAGGUAUAAAUUACCUGCAUGACUCAGUGCUCUUCUUUCCAUUGUUGCUGCUACAAUAAAAGCUGACAAAACAACAAAGUGUAAGCAUGUAUCUCGCGAGGCCUGAAGCGGAUCAAUCAGAACUUGCUCAUCAGACUCGACAUAAGUUACCGACUUAUCGGAAAUUUACCGACAUCAAUUCUGCAUCAUCAGAAACCAUUUCAAUCAAAUAAUUCAAGUGUUUUUCGAACUUAUAUGUGGAUAUUUUUGAAAUUUUGCUUAAUAGUAAGUCUUGUCGUUUUAUCGUCAAGACAACCCGAGGCCUAUGAA